AUGCCGCCACGCUACGAAGUCAGCAGACAAUCUCGACAAGACAGUCGAUCGAGCUCCUCACACGAACGAGGUAGCUCUGCCCCUCCGCCUUGGAAUGACAGCCCUUGGGACGCCGAACCAGAUGCUCUUGGAAGUUCGGCGCUGCCGCGUCAACGGCCACGAACCCAGAACGCGCCUGAUUACUGGAAGGCGUUGCCUGAAGUGCCGUCACGCUUCCGGCUGGGAGAGGACGAAAUGCCAUGGUCAGCUACAUCAUGGCCAGGCGAGUUUGGGAUGCCCGACGAGUCCGAGGUUGACGACUACUCUUCCGAGUUGUCGAUGAAGUUCCGCGACGUCUCCCUUACCAAUGCCACACAAGUCUCUCGUGAUAGAGACGAUGGGCGGAGACAGGAGCUCGAGGCGCUUUCUGCAGCAAUGGUCACCGUGGACAAUGGUUUCGAGAAUCAGUGGUGGUACCAGGGAGAGCGUCAACAAAUCGCGCCGGUGGCUGGAGACCUACACACGACCGCGACAAUGGCAAGCACCACAGCGACUGCUGAAGCGGUACCUCAAACACCUGUGCAGCAGCUGGGCUAUGACACCAGGGAGUCGAUGGGAUGGGCGACUGCACCUGGAGAUUCCCACGCGAGCAUGAUGAGCGCUACGAUUUACAACCCGAGUGUCUUGGUGUCACCCAUGUCGGAGUACGCGAGCCCCCGCCUUCACCGGUCGAUGACUACGAGAUCUGAGGAGCUCUUUCUGUACAGCUAA